AUGUUCGGAGAGCGAGGCCAGACGGCCCCCAAGGCCGCGAAGGAGGCCAGAGAUGUGCAGAAGCCGCGGGUCAGAGAACGCGCGCGGGGCCGCGGGCGACACUGCUCGGUGACAGGGACGCCCCUCCUCUUGUGCUGCUACCUGGCUUACCUGGCGCUGGGCACGAGCGUGUUCCAGGCGCUGGAGAGCAGCGCUGCACGGGACUCCAAGGAGUUGGAGCCUGAAAACUGGGCGUCCCUGCUCAACUACACGUGUUUGGACAGCCCGGCGCUGGACCGGCUUAUCAGGGAUAUUAUCCAGCAGUACAAGCGUGGAGUCAUCUUCCCCAGCAACACUACCAGCAUGGGCCGAUGGGAACUAGCCGGCUCCUUCUUCUUCUCUGUUUCCACCAUCACAACCAUUGGCUAUGGGAACCUGAGCCCCCAAACAAUGGGUGCCCGUCUCUUCUGCAUCUUCUUCGCUCUUCUGGGAAUCCCUCUCAAUCUUGUGCUGCUCAACAGGCUGGGACGCCUCAUGCUCUCCUGGGUUCAGCGUUGGGCCCUGUGGCUGGGUGGGGCCCAGAAGAACCAAGCCAGAGCCCGGUGGUAUGCUGGCUCCUUUGCCUUCUUCUCAGGCCUCCUACUCUUCUUCUUGCUGCCUCCAAUCCUCUUCUCCUCCAUGGAAGGAUGGAGCUAUGAAGAAGGAUUCUACUAUUCCUUCAUUACCCUCAGCACUGUGGGCUUUGGUGACUAUGUAAUAGGGAUGGAUCCAAAUCGGAAGUACCCAGUAUGGUACAAGAAUAUCGUGUCCAUGUGGAUCCUUUUCGGGAUGGCUUGGCUGGCCCUCAUCAUCAACUUGGUCAUCUCUCUGCUGGAGAGUUCAACAGUCCUGUGCCCUUGCAGUCAAAGGUACCCAUGCAGGACUUGGGGAUCCACUGAAGACACUAACCACCACAGAUCAAAAAUAAUUCAUUUAUAA